CUUCCUUCCUUCCCUCUUUGUUUGUGGCGGCGGAGGAGGCCCAGAGCUCCAUUCAUAGGGAGCCAAUCACCGUCGCGCUUCCUGGCGGCGCUCGGCCAAUGGCGCAGCGACGUGCUUGCCGGUCACGCUCCGACCGCGGGGAGGCAAGAAGCGAAUGGGCCAGUGUCUGUCGGUCGGGCAAGCUAACUGCUAACGUCUCUUCAUUUACAAUUUGAGUCUUCAGCGAGCUUUUUCCUCGGGAGCAAAGGCGCGGACUCGCUUUGGAAAAAUCCAAACCACCCGACAAUAUUGAGCUGGGCCGGCUAAAAGGUCAACGAGCGGCUUUGUUGGGCUAAAUUAGCGUGUCUCCUGCUAGCGUCAUCGGCGAGGCGCCAGUCAAUCGUGUUUGACAACAACGCGCUCGCUCGCUUGCUCCCGCUGCUCUCCCGCCGCUGCUGCGGUUCCGUUAUCCGCUACCCCAUUCACAAGGCGCUUGCUACAAAGUCGACAUGGCCGAGUUUCUGGAAGACCCGUCGGUGCUUACGAAAGACAAGUUGAAGAUCGAGCUGGCGGCGAACAAUGUGGCGCUGCCGAGCGGCGAGCAUAAGAAAGAAGUCUACGUGCAGCUCUAUUUGAAGAAUUUGACGGCGCAGAACAGCAAGAGGAGCCCGCCUGCCGACACUUUCUCCAGCGACGACGAGCUGCCCACCCCGGUGGUCUCCAACAAAAGCCGAUCCGGCAGAAAAGCCACCAAGAAGACGGACAAGCCUCGCAUAGAGGUGGAGGUGACGGAACUCACCGAUGAUGACCUCAGACAGCAACUCGCCAAGUAUGGAGUGGACGCGGGACCCAUCGUGGCCUCGUCGCGCAAGUUGUACGAGAAGAAGCUGCAGAAGCUUCUGGGAGAGCUGGCGGCCGAGGCCCCUGCCGACGUCACCGUGCUCCCCAAAGCCGACGCCGAUCAGAACGGCAACACCAACUCUGACCAGUACAGCGACAAGGAAGACGAGGAAAUGACCAGCGCCGAACCACCGGAGUCGGUUCCCGUCGUAGAGAAGCCCGUGCGCAGCAGAGGGAAAACUCCUGUAGCCGUGCGGAGCGGCAGCAGACGGCAAACCAAGGUGCCGGAGGCGACCGGCGACGCCCCCGUCAAACUCAGCGAGAGCGUGGUGGAAGACAUCCUGGCCAAUGAAAUCAGCACGCCGACAGGCAUCAGCGCCACCUGCAGGCGUCCCAUCCGAGGAGCGGCGGGCCGACCGCUCAAGCCCAGCGAGUACUGGCUGGACGAGUCGCACGUGCGCCACAGCGUCCACACGGAGAGCCGCUCCUACUCGGAGUCCUUCUCACGGGGGGCGGCCCCCUCAUUGGCCACCGUGGGCGCGGCGCGGCGCGCCGGCGUCCUCUCCCUCCUGCUCAAGCUGGCCCUCUUGGUGGCCGUGCUCUGCGGCCUGCUUUUUGUAGCCCAGCAGAAUCUGGAGGCGGCUCACGUCCUGCUGGACGACGCGGCGGUCCGUUUCCGGGACGUGGCCCGGCAGGCCGCCGCCUACCUGGGCCUGGGCGACCAGCCCGAGGCGUAAGGUCUGUCUGUCUCGCCCCUGCCGCACAACUGCGUUCACUCGACAAAAACUGGCUUCAAAGCACUUUGGA